AUGGAGACGGAUGAUGUGGACAGCUUGCCGCCUUCCUCGGACUCAGAGGUCUCCACGACUUCAUCAUCGUCAUCGUCGUCCUCUCACGCGGCCAAGAAGCCCUCUUCAAGCUUCAAAUCGCGUCCACCCACGGGCUCCCUCAGCCUUUCCAUCUUCAGCCCCAACAUCUCUUUCCGUCGGCGCAUGUCUCUCCUCGCCUCGAGCCUGGCAGUGAAUGCUUGCCUACCCUUUGUCAACGGCAUCAUGUUAGGAACAGGAGAGAUUGUUGCGAGGGCCGUACUUGUGCCGACGUUGCUGAUAGGAUGGAGCUGGAUUAGGCAGAGGGGACAAAAAGUCUAG